CAAAUUUAUGUGGAAAUUUAUCCUAACUAUUUUUGAGAUGUUUUGAACUUUUGCACUGUUCGUUUUAGCAGAAAACACUUUCUAUGUGAAAUAUUAUUCAAAAAACGCCAUCCACAUAAAAUGAUUUUUGUCAUUAGUUGCAGCCUUGAAACUCAUGAGCUGCUGGUAGUUGGGGCUGUAGGGUGGUGGUGUUAAGACUUCUGUUUAGAAAAUAUUUUUCACAUUUAGAAAAAACAAUCUUUUUUCUACCUUAGAAAAAAACUUGUUUUUUCAUUACCACGGAAAUUUUUUUGUUUACUUUAAUUUUUUUUUUGUUGUACUGAAUGUCAAAAAAUAUGUAAAACAUUUUUCUACUGAAAAAGGGAGACAUAAACAGAAAUCGAAAGGGUCAGAACAAGGAAAAAUGCAUUAUAUAUAUAAUAAUUUUCAGAUAACAUGUUCUCAAAUGUAGUAAGAAAAUGAAAGGAUAAAGAAAUCAGGAUAGUGGAUUUAUAAAAGUAUUUUCUAAUUUUUAAAUUUUGUCUUCAACAAUCAAGAAGAUCUCCUUGGAUUUUAUAAUAAAAAAAAUCUCCUCGAUGGAGACGUCCUUUUGCGAAUUGGAUCUGCAUGCUUUAUCCAUAUUGAAUUAGCUGACUUCCUAAUACUCUGUUUGUAGAAGAAGAAACUGAGAAGAGCUUAAGGGAAAGAAGAAAAGAUGGCCAUUAGAUACACUUCUUGGAGCGUCUUGCUUUAUCUACUUCUUGUGAUGAGCUCUCAUGGAAUUGGAGCCAUGAAAAUGAUUCACAAAGAUGAUUUGGUCGAUGAUCUUCAUCACAAUGUGAUGAAUGCUUUAAAAUAUCCCAUGAUUGAUAACCAAGACGAUCAUGCUCAUGCUCAUAAUGAGAUACAUACAGAUCAUAUUCAUGAUCAUUCAUCAUCACACAUGGAUCACAUAGACCCUUCACUAAUUGUGUUCUUCUUUUUGGAAGACCUAAAGGUAGGAAAAAGAAUUCCCAUUUACUUCCCAAAGAGAGACCCUUCUUCCUCUCCUCAUUUCCUACCCAAAGAGGAAUCCGAUUCCAUUCCUUUUUCACUAGAACAACUUCCAAAUCUUCUUCGAAUCUUUUCCUUCCCUCAAGGCUCUCCACAAGCCCAAGCCAUGGAAAGCACACUUAGACGAUGCGAGGUCAAACCCAUCAAAGGAGAGUCAAAAACAUGUGCCACAUCAUUAGAAUCCAUGCUUGAUUUCGUACGUGUCAUGCUCGGAUUAGAGAGCGAAUUCAAAGUUGUAUCAACUAUCCACUUCACAGAAUCAACCACCAUGCUUCAAAAUUACACUAUCCUAGAAGAUCCUCUAGAAAUUUCUGGUCCCAAGAUGGUGGCAUGUCAUACCAUGCCUUACCCAUAUGCGAUUUUCUAUUGUCAUUACCAACAGAGCGAAAGCAAGGUCUUUAAGGUCUUUUUGGGGGGUGAAAAUGGAGACAGGGUUGAAGCGGUUGCUGUUUGUCACAUGGAUACCUCUCAGUGGAGCCCUGGUCAUGUGUCAUUUCAAGUACUAGGAAUUGAGCCAGGGUCCUCCCCGGUUUGCCAUUUCUUCCCAUCCGAUAAUCUUGUGUGGAUUGCAUCAUCUACUUUAAUUAGUCAUAUGUAGUUUGCAUGUAAUCACUGAGAUCCUUGCACUUUGAUUUAGAAUCUUACUUGUACGCAUGUCAAGUGAAACGAAGAUCGUGUUAUGCAGGUGUUUUAUGAUUUAAGAAUGUAGUAAUAAAAUAAUUGGGACCAAAGAUGGCUAUUUCUGCUUCUA